CCCUUUCACUGCGGCUCCAUCGCCGAGCGGACUGGCCCGCUGCUCUCAUCCGAGACCUCAGUGCAGACUGUCGGAUCUAUAAAACCUACAGCGCCGGCUCCCUGAAAGCCUCCAGCUCCUGUACAAAUGCAAGCGAUCAAAUGUGUGGUGGUGGGCGACGGGGCUGUGGGUAAGACCUGUCUGCUGAUUAGCUACACCACCAAUGCCUUCCCUGGUGAAUACAUCCCCACUGUCUUCGAUAACUACUCUGCCAAUGUGAUGGUGGAUGGGAAACCAGUGAAUCUGGGCCUUUGGGAUACAGCAGGACAGGAGGACUACGAUAGGCUCAGACCACUGUCUUACCCACAGACGGAUGUGUUCUUGAUAUGCUUCUCCCUGGUCAGUCCGGCCUCCUUUGAGAACGUCCGAGCUAAGUGGUACCCUGAGGUGAGACACCACUGCCCCAACACACCCAUCAUCCUGGUGGGCACCAAGCUGGAUCUGCGAGAUGACAAGGACACCAUUGAGAGGCUGCGAGACAAGAAGCUUUCCCCCAUCACCUACCCGCAGGGCCUGGCCAUGGCAAGAGAGAUCGGGGCUGUGAAGUACCUGGAGUGCUCUGCACUGACCCAGCGAGGCCUGAAGACGGUAUUUGAUGAGGCCAUCCGAGCUGUGCUCUGCCCUCCGCCUGUGAAGAAAAGGGGAAAGAGGUGCACCAUGUUCUGAGGAGGAAACCUUGCUAAAACACUUCACUACAUCACCAUGAACAACAACCACUACUUCUCUGAGAGGAUGAGAGAAAACUAGCGAGAGUGAGUGUGCACUGCUGAGAUUGCUUUCUUUAUAUUGAUGUUUUUUCAAAGCGAUAUUGGUAACAAGACCAAUACUUAAUCCAAUUUUUUUACCAUUACUGAAUAGGCUCAUAGGCUCUCUGUGAAAGACAUUGACUGUCCACCUACUUUGUACUCAUAGAACCACAUCAAGUUGCCAUGAGGGCUGACAAAGGUUUCUAAUACUCGUCUUCAUACUGCGACAUCUCUUCUGUUUCAGCCACGCUUGCUUGAAUUAAUGCGGUGUUGACUAGAUAGAAAGUGAACUAUGAAUAAGCCUUCAGGUCUGAAGUUACCCUCAGCUCCUGAUCUAAGAUCAGCAUGUGGAGAAAAAAAGCAUACUACUGGCAUGCACACACAAAUCUGUUGCUCCUGACAGAACAAUACUACUGCCUGCAUUCACUAAACUUCACAAAUAGAGCAUGGUUUAAUGUGUUUUCUCUACAAGAAAUGUGAUAAGUUCCAGGAAAUUUCUAGUUAAUUACAGCCUGGGUCUUAUUUUGUAGUUUUAGCACCCAUUUCAAUCAACAGUAAUGUACUCAUUGAAGUCAUUGCUGAGAUUUAAGAAUGCAAAGUCUGAUGAGUCAGACUGCACUUUCAAGCAAAUUCAGCAGUUGUUCUUAGCCAUAAGACCCUCAUUUAUUGAGGGACCCUUUGUCAAAACCUAUUGUCAGACCAUUAUUACUUCAGAUUUUUGCUAAUAUGUUGCAUAUUGCCAAAUCAAUGUAUUUAAUCAAAUGAACACAGAGAAAAUCUGGGGCCAGAUAGUGACCAUGGUCAAAUGACCAUUUGUAUAUCAGUUACUCACUGAGCGUUGAAUUUGUGAAGAAAACGUUUUUUUCACAUGCCUACACAGUGAACAAAGAAUCCAAAAAAGGUGAACAUUCUUGAUGAAUUGAAGUCAUUUGGGAAAAAUUUUAACAACAGCCAAACUAUAUCAAAAUAUCUGUAUGUAAACUUUGAGACUCUGAUUAUACAGGAGCUGUAUGAGAGUUUGUAAACAGAUGUUUGGUAUUGUUUUGCUGUUUUAAAUGUGAACAAUGAUGCUUUUUUUGGAUUCUCCAUUCACCAUGAUGGCAUGAGAGAAAAAAAGAGUUUUUUUCACAAAUUCAAGACAAUAGGUGGUGCGUGUUUGAUAUACACAUGGUCAUUUUGCGGGUGAGGCAUUCCUUUAAGGAAUGGGGAAUAUGGGUUAAUGGUGUUCAGACAUCAGACAUUUCAGACAUCUCAGCAAUAAUUUGAAUAAGUGCAGUGUCAUUGAUACUGAAAGGAAUGAUGUACAAAACUAUGAACAUGUUCUUCUGAAAGGUUUACAUGGGAGCAUAACAUUGUAAGAUUAGUGACUUUUAACUCCAGUGUCUCUGAACCAUCACAUUUUUGGCUUUCCUCAUUACGUUUGCACAAAUCCUCAAUCCUAAACGUACUUUAAGAUUGAGUGUGAAGGCUCAAUCUUGAGCUAGUUUGACAAAAAUAUUUUGAUCGGUUAUCAGUUCCACUUACUUGAUUUUAGCUUUCAACCACACCUUGCAGCCUGUUCAGCAGGAGAGUUUGCUCAGUCGUAGAAGAUGAGGUGUUGUGCAAUUUACAAGGUCAAGCAUUACAUUUUUCAAGCUUAACUUGCAAAUAUUAGUUGAGCUUUUAACGUCAUCUUAUGCUCUUCAUCAGAAUAGGCCAUGAGAUGAUUAAGACUUCUGUGGGUCAUUCACUGGGUCUUCUUUGCUAAUGCAGUCCAUGAGGUAUGGUUGAAACUCUGGAAAAAGCUAAUAAGUGAACUUUGAGUUGAGAUCAUUUUGUCAAAUUAUGCCUGGUUCACAUUACACGACAUUUCUGUUCGUUUUAACAGUCACUGUGUCACAUUAGGCUAUUGUGGAGUCAUAAAAUUGUGCCGUGACUUGGCCGACAGACAUGACACACUACACGAGGGACCACACUAUUUAUCCCUGGUGACGUGAGUGACAUCAACGGGUUAUUCUUGUCCUAUUUUUAUUAUUAUUCCUAUUAUUUCAGUCACAUUGUCUGUUCAUGUGCCAGCAGAAAUGUUAUUGUAGUAACGUUAAAAAAAAAAAAAAAAUGCCACCAGAUGGUAGGAGCUACAUUUGAAGUACUGUACGCAAACAUGCAAGUCACUGAUUCCUCCACAACAAACUCCUGCAAAUGUUUUACAAUAAAAGCUUAUUUAGAAAAUGAAGGGAUUCUCUCAACUGAAGUUAUAAGGGGCUUUUAUUUUUGGAUACAGAUACAGGAAGUAUUGAGUUUGAAAUGACAGUGCGAUGCAUUAACUUUAUCAAGGCAAACGGGAGCAGAUAAAAAGUAAAAAUAUGAAAAUACAAAGGGAAUAAUAAAUAACGGACCGUCUAUAAUGUAGUCUGUUUCAAAUGAAGCUGGUAGCCUCUGCAGUUGUGGUAAGUAAAAGCCCCGCCACUAUUUUUUAAUUUUCUUACUUUAUGUCCAUCUCCAUUAUGAAGAAAUAACAUUGUUUGCUAGCUUGAUGCUAAUGGCAGUAAUAUUACUACUACUGGCAGUAGUUUUUUUUCCCUUUUUAAACUGUUGUGGUAACGUCCCUAGUUACAGUUGUGUACGGCAGCUUAUCGCUCUGUGUCUCUAUUGAUCAAAGUGACGGCUGUGACGGGAGCAGUCUUGAACAACAAAAAGAAAAUCAAACAUGCUAGACUUUCUGUUGGAACGUCCUGAGGCGUCUCAGACGUGGCGUCAGUUGUCGUCUACUAUGGCACACUACGCGAGAUGAAAUGAUGGAUUAUUGCAUAAGACACUCAGUGAAUUGUCAUCCACGAUCCAUGCCAACACCGUAUGACGCUGCUUCGGGCUAUAAUCGGGCUGAUAUCAUGUAGUGUGUACCAGGCAUUAGCUGAAGUUGUUUUACCACUGUUAGCAAGGUGGAAAAUCCAAUCUGUGCUGUCCUGUUAUGAUGAAAAAAAUGUUUCUUGAGCAUGUUGUUUACUUUGGACAAGCAUCUGAUCUCAGUCAGGUGUCUGUGGGUAACUUCAUCUAACUGUGAACAUGUGAAAGACAAGCAUGCCAAACAUGGGGGCUGUACAACCUUGCUGCCUGAGUUCUGCCUUUGGGGGUGGAGGAGCUUGCAUGGGUCUUAAAAUAUUUUGUCUUAAUUUAUCCCAUUGUUUAGAUCUUGUCUCUGUUCAUGUGUGUGAGUGUGAGUGUGAGUGUGUGUGAGUGUGAGUGUGUGCGUGUUUGUGUGAGAGAGAGAGUCACGGACGUGUAUAUGAGCGCUGGUGUUUGUGUGUAUGGACAAGCACGUGUCGGUAUCAGUGAGACAGCUUUGUUUCACAGUUUGGGGUAGUGCAUAAAAGACAGUAUUGUUUUAAGCCAAGUUUUUUAGUGUCCAGUUUUUGGUACUAUUUCAUAUUGUAUUGUAGUAAUACACAAGACUUUUCAACAAUCUGUGGACAUAAAGGAAGAAAAAAAUGGAUAUUAAUGACAUCUAGUGAUGUACAGAAUAAUCCUUAGAAAAGGAAUGCGUUAUGAAUAUCUAUCUACAUGUACCUGAAUAUUUAGCUCUUAAAACUAAAACAAUUCAAACUAAAGGGAUUAUAGUCGCUUGUGUUGAAGUUAGAAGUGUUGCUAACAGUGUACAAUAAAGGGGCCAAUCUUUGUGGAGUUUGUCAUUGUGGCAAACAGUGCAGAUUGCACCUUUAUGAAAUGCAUUUCUGUAUGGUUCCAGGUCUGCAGUGUGUCUGUCUCCCUCAUGUGGCGAGACGCAGCACUGCAGUCCACUCUGUCACGCUGUCUUUGGUUGGCAUAGCAAACUGUGUGGUUGAAUCAUGUUGUGCGGUCCUGCCUAGCUAAGGUGUUGAAAUGUAGAUGAGAAACGCAGCAAAAAAUUCUAAUCUACUCUUGCAUGGAAGUUCUCUGGUUCUUUGACCCACUGUAAUUCUUAGGAGAGGUUGUAUGAUGAAAUGCAUUGGCCAUGUACGUAUGUAAUGUAAGAUGACUUGUAUACUUGUUCCAACUGUUUGUCUUAUUUUUUAUUACUUCACAUGUCUGUGUGGUGAAAUAUUUCAAUUUUUU